AAUAACGUAUUUUAUUCACUGACAUCUUCUGAGUAUUUUCAAAUUUUCCUGAAACAUUUCACUGCGGAAAAAUUUCACGAAAUAUCACGUCCAUGGCGUAGUGAGGGGAAUUCUCAUUGGCUCACUGCGAUUUCUCAUACGUCAGUCCUACUUUCUCCUCGACUCGAUGACACUUUGCACAAAUGGAAGUGCUUUUAGUUUAGAAUUCUUUUCCAUUUAAUUAAUCCACUAAAAUAGUCGCGUGCACUAACAGGAAACACUUGUCGUCGUGUUGGAGUCGACAUUGAUGUUUCCAUGAGUGGAAAAAGUGUGUGAAAGUGUGAAAAAGAUAGCCACAAAUUAACAACAAUGGACCCAAAUCAAUAAGGCAACCAAUAAUCGAAACUCUCCCCCUCAAAGCCAGCCGAAACCAAACACACACUCUCUACGUAAAAAUGGACUAAGAAUCGUCAAUCAAAUUUAACAAAAAUACCAAACUCAACCGGAAUCCGUUUAUUUCUCUCGUAAAGAAAAGCAAAAAAAUAAAUUCAUUAAGGAACGUCUAUUGAAAAAUUCUUCAAACAGAAGAAGAAGUAGAAAAAGUAAAAUUUGCCUGAGAUUCCUUCUGCAUUGAGUCAUCUGCCUCGAGUGAGACAUUAUCAUUAUCAGUUUUUUCGGAACUGCGAAGAGGACAACAUUUCUGCACAGUCAACAGUCAUUUGGACAACGUGAAGCGCAACGGACGUGAAGUUGUUGUCUGGCAGUACGUUAUUGAGGACAUUUGAGAAGCACUAGCGAAAAAUGACUUGGAAGAUGUUGAGAGAAUUCUUGAGGAUGAUGGACUUGUGUGAAUUUGUGCAAGAUGAGUAGACUGGAGUGGCUGGAGGGUGUGACCAACAGUGGGGGUUGUCUGGACGUCGCCAUUCGCCACCUUCUGCGCCCACCCAGCGCGUCUGGCCAGGAGAUUCAGCGUGUGCUGGCGUGGAAGUUGUCUCAGCACCACACUGACUCAUCCGUGUGGCAAUUUGGGAAGAUCACGACACGUGAAUGACAUUCUAUUCAGUAAUUAAGGAAUGAAGUAUCCCCAGCUUGUGUCUGCUCGUGCGGUUAACGCAAUAUCCGAUUGGCUCAUAUCGCGACUGGAGGAUUUGGGUGUUGAUGCACCAGUUGUCUAUUCUCGCUUGCUCCUAUCGCUGCUUCAUACGCCAUUGCAAGUGAAUGCCUUGGAUUUGGCCGAAAUUCCCCAGCUCAAGGGAUGGUUGGCUCGAAAGAAUCGUCGUCUAACGCCAUCCGAUGCAGAAGCACUGAAGAAGUUUGCCGCCGUUGAAAGCUUAAUGGAGGUCGCUUCGUCUGAUCAACAGCAGAAAUCAAAUGUUGAGGAUUUGGUGAAUGAACUGUGCCAGAGACUGCGUGAGAUUGAGAAUCAAAAUUCAUCGGACUACGAAGAGGGUGUUGAGAUGGAGGCGAAGAAGGUGAAUGAGUCGACAACAAAGGAGGAUCCAACCAAGAGAUACUAUCGGGCUUUUCCCGCUCUCAAUCGCCAGUGUGGCGAUGGGGCUGAGGAUGCUGCAACGAUGUCGUCGUCGCUGACAUGGCCGAACGAAGUGGGCAGGAGUGGCGAUGCUGACGGUCAGGAGGGUGGCGAGAUGGGCAGUGAUGCUGUGCGGAUGAGCGCGGGUGCGAAUGCAGGGGUGAAACGCAAAACAAAGAGGCGACGCAAUAAUGGACUUGGCAAGGGCAAAUCAUCGUCAUUUACGCGACGUACAUCGACUGGUGGCAGUGCGAAGGCAUCACUGUGGGACACGGAUUUCUCGGGACACUGGGAAAUGGGUCAUGACAUGAUACGUGACUUCAUCAUCAAGCAGAAUAAUCGGAAUAGGAGCAUUUCUGAGAGUGAUGCCAGCAAAUUUGUCAAGAUAAAUGACUUCAUGCAGUCGCCAGAUCAGAAGCCGCGGUGCGAUGGUGAGAGGAAGAUGGAGCAGGUGUUGCAGGAGUGCUCAGAUGAGGCUUUCAAAUUGCCACAUGGUGUCACGGUGAAUGAGGAGCAGACGCUUCUUAUCAAGAAUAUGCUGCAAUCGUCCCAAGCGGGGCAGUUCAGGAAGGAGUCAAUGGUGAACUUCGAGACUGGUGUGGAUGAUGAAGAGCGCACGGAUAUGUCGCCCUUCUUUGCCUCUUUCGACACCAAUACCCUCCUGUUUGGCAGCAAUAUGAUCCGCGAUGAGGGAUACGCCACACCGGACACACUCACAUCCACGUCAGAGGUGGACAGCACUUCGGCACCGCCGCGGCGUCUCUAUGAGCGCGAAGUGUCCAAUGAGUCACUGAACAGCUGUAUUCAGGCACCAAUAACGACGACGACCAAGAGUGAUGACGACAACAUUGCACAGUUCGAGGCGAAGUUCAACAAAAGCAUGGAGGCACUUUGGGACAACGCGACCACUCACGAGGAGAGCAACACGAACUCCUUCUGGCACAACUACUAUCGUCAUCACUAUGACGAGGAUGCGUCGGCUAAGGUGGCAAGUGAGUGUGGCGAUUCUGGGUGGCCGACAAAGAUUCCUUCGCUCACGGACAUGAUGGAGGCAAAGAAGAACAGCACCACUGAUCUCAACUCCAUCUGGGCAGCUCCAGAAUCAUCGUCGUCCUCCCAAAUCGCGCCACCGACUGACAAUGCUUGGCCUCUGAGGUAUCUCGAUAACGGGAAGAGAGACACACUGUCAAAGUUUGUCCCUGAGCCUGAUAUGAGCGUGAUGGGAUAUCCGCUGAGUGACUUUAUAGGUCUGAGCAAGUGGUCAGAUCAGCCGUUCGCGUGCGAUGAGGAGACUCGUCGCGUUGAUCAGCUGUACGAGGGGUGCAAAUCACUGCCGAUCACUUAUGCCAACUACUCGCAGGUCUUUACGGCGCCCGAGCCGCCUGAGGAUGAGGAUGCGAAGGUGACACUGAUGAAUCACUCAAUGGACAGUUGCUUUGCGGUGGUGAAGAAGUCCCACCGGACGCCGCAGUUUCGUGGGCAGCAGGGAAAGUUCAAGGGUUUCAUCGGCAGCACAAGCACGUCCACAGUGAUUGGGGACAACGAGAACCUCCUCACGUCUGAUCGCACGCACUUUCGACCCAUCAAGCAGACGUUUGUGGAUGGGUUCAUUUUCGAUAUUCCCUGCACGCCUGACAAUAUAAGGUAUGAGAGAACCGACACGGGAUCGAUGUACUUCGAUUCUGAGCGGUAUAUGGAAUACCUGGCGAAGGAGAUGGCGGACGAGGGUGAUGAUGGCGAGGUGGAGGAGAGGAAGAAUGAAAACUUCACCCUUAAAUUCUGCGUGAGGCAAAUCGAAAAGUGCUGCCAGACGGAGGAGCGUCUGCUUUGUCUCAGUGCUAAGAUGUAUAGUGAGCCGGUGGGUUUUGGGGCGCGCUAUCAGGACACUGAGGAGGAUUCAGAUGUGGACAUGAUGCCGGAUGUGUUCACCAGGGCGCAGAUGUUUCGCUUUGAGGAUGGUGGUGAGAAUUGUGAUGAUCUGGAUUUGUUCAGGGCGUCGAGUUUCCACUACCAACCGCCCAACACGUGUUUCGGCGGUGAGUGUCUGGAUCUGGACAAUUGGACAAUGGCAGAGAUGAAGAAGAACUGCGUGGACAACAACAACAGCCACACGCUCUGGGGACACUGCACGACAUGCAAUAACAGCACCAUGUCGCUGCCGGCAAACCGCAUGCUGAGAGAUGAGCUGUACGCAGACGGCGAGGAGAUUCUCUCGGAUUUGCGCUACAUGCAGGAUCUCUAUAUUGGUGAGGCGGAUGAGGAGUCUGAGUGGGAGGAGAACGAUGAUGAUGCUGCGUUUGCUGUCAAGUGCCCGGACGAUCCGGCCAAGAAUAUCUACUACAAUGUGAACAAGCUCAUCUCGGACCUCCUGCGCCCGGAAACGGUGAAGACGCUGACUCAAGUAUUGGGUGAGCAGAAUCAGAAGACCAUCAUGGAGGGCAUAAUGUCGGAAAAGGUCCCUCAGGAGGCCAGGCACGAUGUCCGUGAGCGCUGGAUGGCCAAGCCGACCAUGUGGAGUGAGUGGAAGGAGAGUCAGGCGAUGGAUCGCGAUGAGAUCUCCUACAACAUCUCCGAUGAUCAUCUCAGGUGUCUCAUGGACACACGGGCUGAUGGUCAGAAGGCGCGUCCGGACAGGAAGCGUCGUCACUCGGCCUCACAGAAUCUCCCUGAGGACUUUCGCAGCAAAUUCCACGGCAAUGCUAUGCUGAAGGAGUCCUGGGACAACUUCGAGCAUCAUCCGGCACCGGGGAAGUUCAUCGGCAGAUCUGCCCUCUUCAAUCGUGUCACCAUGGUUUCCCGCCCACUCACCCGAUAAAUCCACCCCGACAGCCCCCCGAAAUGUCCUUCAGUGUCCCCAAGAAUCCUCCAUAGGAAGCCCGCCCGCCAAGACGAAUGACCAACCGCCUGACCAGGAAUGUGAGCCAAUAUCCGUUGUUUAACCGCCGCGAAAAGGAGUUUUUUUUCAUGUUAAAUCAAAGUUGUUUGUGUUUUGGAAGGAAUUUGUUGGCAUAUCUGGGCAAAAAUAAUGCCCGGAGAAGGAGAUUUUCAAAGAUGGAACUAAUUUCCCCCUAGAAUUAUUCAGUUUUAAGGGCAGAGAGUGAGAGAAAAUGUAAUUAAAUAGAUGUAAAUUCAUUUUAAUUAAUCCGAGACACACACAAACGCAUAGUUUUAAAAGUUAAAGUGGAAAAAAUGAAGGAAUUCAAAAUUAUCGUAAUCCACCAAGAGAAAUCAUUACAAUAGGCAUCCGUUGUCAGACAGUUCAUUAAGAUAAAUUUGUUGGUUGUUUCUAUUUUAUUACAUUUUCACCUGGUGAGAGUCUUUUAGUUCAAUUUCGCGUGAAUGAAGUUGAGUCAUUUAUAUAAAUAUAUAUAAAAUAGAAACAAAUCGCGACAAUGUAAAUUUUCACAGCGACAGAUGUAAUUUCAACAGUGUCGUUGCAAAAUUUAGUGAAAUUCCUUUUAAUUCGAUGUACUUUUUCGGGUACCAAAAGAAACUUUGUGAAAAUUGACAUUGUCGCUUUGGAGAAGACCGAGAAAAUGGUAGUUGAAAAGCAUAAAAAAAGAACUCAUAUUAGUUAAUAUUUUCCAACACACAAUCCGAUAUAAAAUCAUUUGUUUAUGCAUUGUUAGAAUCACAACACGAAAAAACACACUGAAAUUUUCUUGAUCUUCGCGUAAGUUUUAAAUAAAAGAAGUAAGAAGACAAGAAGUUUGAAUGUAUAAAGAGAGAGAAAAAAUGUGAAAUUACAUGUAAAUUAACACACGACACGCUCUUUUUGUCAUCAAUUCAGAGUAUUUCUUGUGAAAACGCCCAAUUUGUACUCUGAGAUGAUUUGCAAAAAGUGGGAAACACAUAAUUUUACUAUUAAUUAUAGUAUUUAGGAGAUGAGGGAGUUCAGGAGAGGACAAAUCUUCAAAUAUCCGUAGAUUUGUUCGGCGAUUUGGUGGACGAAUCUUCAGACAGUCGAAGAUUUGUCUCUGGAAGGAAGAAGGAAGGUGUAUUUUUGAUGAGAUGAAACAAAGAAGGAAAAUACUAGGAAUAGUAUGAAACCAUUUAAAGGAAUACCUUUUAGACAGCUAUAAAUGAUAAAUAUUCAAUAAUUUAAGUCUUAUCACGAAAACAUUUAUUCCAGCUGUCGUAAAUUUAUAAUUACCCUCCAAACAAUUUUUAUUUUCCGUCAGACAGAACACAUGAAUAUUCCGUGUAUUUUAGAAAGAGAGAUUUUCUUUAUCAGCAAAAGUGCGAAGGAAGUUAAAGCGAAAAACAACAUCUUUUAUAACUGAUAAAUAUGAAGAUGAAUAUAAAAUGCCUUACAGAUGAUUCAACAAGAUGUUAUAGAACACGUUGCAUUCUUGAGAAAAUGUUCGUAAAAUGCACAAUUUCCCGAAGUUUUAUGGUGAAAAAAUGGGAAUUUGUGAAGUUAUUUUGAAAAUUAUUUUAGCAAAAUAUCGCGGUAAUUUGCAGAAUGUGCGGUAUUCAGCAGCAAUAAAUAUAGGCUUUUUGAGAAAAUUCACAACAAUUCACAUACUAUUUUCAUUUAUCGUUUCCCUUUAAUCUCAAAAAACAAUUUUGUAAAUAUAUAGUGCUUGCGAAUUUGGAGGUUAUGUCGAAGUAUUUGAAUGAAUUUCCACGCACUGGGAGAAAUUUUCCAACAUUUUCCCAAUCAUACCUUAUCUAAAUACUUGAAAAUGUUAAAAAUUUUAAUUUAUCUUUUUCUUUUUUGAUUUCUUAGUUUAAUUGUCUUUGAAAUACUCUUAAUCUGAUUUGGUUUAGUAUUGAAUUAUCCUGGAAGUGUGGAAAUUCCUUCGACAUUCGUUAAGUGAAUGACGAGAAGCUCAUUAAACUGCCAAAAUGGCAGAGUUGAAGUGAAAAUUUGAAUGAGAGGAGAAUAUAAAAUACAUAAAUAAUCACUUGUUGUAUAAAGAAUGAGAGGAGACAAAAAAAUUCACACUCGAAUUCAUUCUGAAAAGUCCUCUUUGUUGAUGAAGUCUCUGCAAGCGGAGGGUUUAAAAUUCGUCAACGAGCAGGACUUUUCUGCAGCGAAGGAGUGUCAAAUCGAGAGGGGAGAAAGCUGUAAAAAGAAAAUACACAAGUAGUUAUAGGUUUGUGUGUUGUCCGAGAAAAAUACAAUUAAAUUACGAUGAACGAAAGGAGAAAAACAAUUCGGAGGAACGGAAAACUGAAAAUAUGACAAAAUCUGUCCUGUUUACCAGUUUUUCCUUUCUCUGGGUGUAAAAAAAAAAUUAGAGAGAAUAAAUGCUUGGUUCUGUGAAAUAUGGAAAAGGAAUAUUUUGCAAAAUUGAACAAAGUUAUUCCGCAGAACAUAUAAAAGGAAAAAGAUCAUUAAAAAAGCCUCUGUAUUGAAAAAAAGUGGAAAUCCUUAUAAAAAAAAUGAAGCACGAUAGAAAUUCACCUUUAUUUAAUUGAAAUGGAUGUAAUUUAAAGAAAGUUUAUGAAGAUCAAAUGUUAUUUUCAGAUUUUGAAAGGAUUAAUUUGCUGAGUCAAGAAGAGAUAAGGAAACUCAGAAGGUUGUCGUGCCUUGAAAGCUGGAGAAGAAGAUCAUGUGAGAGUGGAAAUAUUUUGAAUGGUGAAUUGAUGAAAGGAGGAAAAUUUCAGUUAAUUAAAGGAGAUGAUAUUAAAAAA